AUGGAAACAAGGACUCUUUUACGCUUAAUAUUUCUAUCAGUCUUUUUCUGCCUCUGCAUCAUCGCCUUUUUCCCUGAGGAUGUGGACGGUACCUAUGCAGUCCGCAGGAAAGGGUACGGGAACAGAAGGAGAUACGUUGGUCAUAAAAUAAGGAGAGGUGGCAUCAGACGGGCAAGCAGAAGGAUAAAAAGAAUUAGAUUUGUUCGCCGAAAAUACCCAAUAAAGAGAAGAAUUAAAAGAAUAAGAUUGGUGAGGAGGAAAUACCCAAGAAGAAAAAUCAUCAGAAUAAAGAAAACCUUCAGACGUAGGAGACCUAUUGUGAUCCGCCAUCCAGUAGCACGUCACUACCAUAAGCACUACCAUUACUACAGACAUCAGCCACGAUAUUUGCCGCCAUAUUUACCGAUAGGGUGCGCUGGUCGAUGUGGACGAAACGCUUAUUGUUAUAGAGGUCACACGUGCGUUUGUAAACGUGGAUUUAAAGGCAAUCCUCUACGAGGCUGUUAUCCAGGAGGAGGACCAUGUGGAAACAAAUGUGGAAAGUACGCAAUUUGUAAGUCUGGAAAAUGUCAGUGUAAGUCUGGAUACUUCGGAAACCCUUUGGUCGCCUGUUUCAAAGAGUACAAAUGUAAACGAGGCUGUGGUGUAAACGCUGUAUGUGACAAAAGAAAAGGAAUAUGCAAAUGUAAACCAAAAUUCAUAGGAAAUCCACACGUUCGAUGUAUCGCAUUGUAUGGUUGUAAAGGGGGAUGCGGCCCCUAUGCUAUCUGUCAGAGUGGAAAAUUCUGUAAAUGUAAACCCGGAUAUGGACCAAACCCUGUUGUCGGAUGUAAACCAGUUCCUGGCUGCGUUCGAAAAUGUGGACUGAACGCUUACUGUGAUGCCCCUAAAAGGAAGUGCGUGUGUAGAAGUGGGUACGUGGGUAAUCCUUACAAGAGAUGUAGACACAAAUUCUCCAUUCCUUGUGGUGGUAAAUGCGGAAAGAACGCUUACUGCAGAAAAGGCGUGUGUGUCUGUAAAUCUAAUUGUCAUGGCAACCCAUACACAAACUGUGUCAAGAAUAAAUAUUAA